UAAACUAUAACACAUACGAAAAUGUUGCAUCUUUGACAGUAUCCCAAAUCAGCCUAACGAUGCCUUGCAAACCCCGCUGCAUCUACUGCACAAUCUACAUAUUUAUAUUCAUUUUCAUGCUUUGCUUCUUCCUCUUCUUGAUAAUAAUCAACCCUUCAAGUGUCAAGUUCUACGUAACUGAGGCCACCCUCACACAAUUCAACCUCACAAGCAACAACACCUUGUAUUACAACUUCAAGGUCAACAUCACAGUGACAAACCCCAACAAGCACGUGAUAGUGUACUAUAGGAUGAUCAAAGCAAUAGCUUGGUACAAAGAUAAUGAGUUUGAUAGGGUGAGCUUAACACCCUUUGACCAAGGCUACAAGAAUACCACCUUUCUUCGAGCAGUGUUUGUAGGGCAAAGUGUGAUUAUGCUCAAACCUAAACAACUUGGUGAGUACAAAGAUGAGACAAGUAUUGGGAUUUACAAUGACUUGGCUGUGAAUUUUGAUCUUAGAAUUAGAGCCAAGUUUGGAAGAAUUAAGAGCAGGCGUUUCAGUCCACCCUUUGUUCAGUGUCGCCGUUUGAGUGUUCCUUUGAUUUUGAUGGAUGGUAAAUCAGCACCUCCUAAUUCUAGUGUCACCAGAUGCAACACUGGUAAUUUUUUCCAAGAUCGGGAUGGUUAUUAAUACACUCUAUAGCCUAUGAAUGAAAUCUAUGUUGACAAUAUCAAUUUGUACACAUUUUUUCCAUAUAACUCAAUCUGCAAAGUUACAUAAAGUGCUA